AUGGCAUCCACUUCUGUCCCGGAAAACUACUACGCUGUUCCCGUUGGAGAGACGCAAAUGGUGAUCUUGAAAAGAUAUGAGAAUCUUCGGUUGAUCGGAUCAGGAGCUCAGGGUAUCGUUUGCGCUGCGACGGAUACAGUAACCAACAAGCCGGUUGCCAUAAAGAAGUUGUCUAGACCUUUUCAAAAUGUCACGCAUGCGAAGCGGGCAUUAUAG